AUGUUGGAGAAUGUGCCAGAUAUCUUGGGCCUUGUUUCAGGCAUAUGUCCAAUAGUAUUUGAGAGGUGGCCUAGGAAUGUCCAGCUUUCUCUUACCAUCCUUCUUUUGGGUGUUGGAAUUGCAACAGUGACUGAUCUGCAGCUCAAUGCCCUUGGUUCAGUCUUAUCUAUGCUUGCGGUUGUCACAACCUGUGUUGCCCAGAUUGUAUCCUUGGCUGAAACCUUAACCAGUGGCUCUCAGAUGACCAAUACCAUCCAGAAAAAGUUCAAAGUUUCUUCAACCCAGCUCCUGUAUCAAUCUUGCCCCUACCAGGCAAUCACUCUGUUCAUCUCUGGACCAUUUGUAGAUGGGCUGUUGACGAAUCAGAAUGUCUUUGCUUUCAAAUAUACCCCUCAAGUGCUGGCAUUCAUUGUUCUAUCCUGCCUAAUUUCAGUCUCGGUGAACUUUAGUACCUUUUUGGUUAUUGGAAAAACAUCUCCAGUCACCUACCAAGUCCUAGGACAUUUGAAAACAUGCCUAGUUUUAGCCUUUGGAUACAUUCUCCUCCACGAUCCAUUUAGCUGGCGAAACAUUUUAGGGAUCCUGGUUGCUGUGGUUGGGAUGAUAAUUUAUUCUUAUUGUUGUGCUAUUGAGAGCCAGCAAAAAGCCAGUGAAGCAUUGCCACAGUUGUCCCAGGCAAAGGAAAGUGAAUCUGAUCCUCUCAUAAGUGUAGAAAAUGGAUCUAGCAUCCUAAAUGACGGUGUUACAAAAGCCCCUGCGUGGAAUUCGAACAAGGACUUGCUUGCAUAAAGCCUCCUCACUCGUUACCAGUUUGUUCAGCCUAGUUCAAAAUUCAUAUAAGAAACCAUUCGGGCAAUGAAGAUGUUGCUGCAGGGGUUUCCAUACGUCACAGAGCAUGGGUUUGAGCAUUUUUUAGAAAAUUGUAUAAGUUCUAUCCUAAUUAGUUAUCAAUGCAAAAUAAUACUCUUUUAGAUGUAGCGUUUUUUAUUAUACCUUUCUAAUAGUUAGGUAUGCCAACAAAAUGCAUAAUGCAAUGGGGUAUUGUUGUUCCCAUAUACUGAAAUUCUUAUGUUCUUCCCGAGAGAGGGAAAAAAGCGAUAUGCAGCCUUCAAAAUGAAAUCAUAUCAAUCUUAACUGAAAUGGUUGCUGGUAUCCGACAAGAGACUGCUGUGUUCCUACUUGAUUCUUGGUACCCUUGGAUUUUGCUGAAGCCGCUAAUAUGUGGUAAAGCUUUUGGAAGUGAAAAUAGGGUCUUUCUGUUAUUAGGCUUUGGCGAAUAUGGAUGGAACCUGGUAAUAUGAUGGGAUUUAUCAGUGUAUUAGGUUUUGUGAGCUCGUUUCUUGAGACUCUUCUAAGUUCAAUUGUGUUUCUAAGCUCUCCAAGCAUGCAGCUCAGUGUACCUUUUUAUGUGGAGGAAUGGAUAGAAGAGGGAGGUACAUAGCCAAUGGCACCUCCGGGUUUUUGACACCCAGCUGUUUAGUCAUUGUUUGGAUUGUAACUUCUCUCGUC